CAUCUCCAUCGUCGUCUCCAAAUAAGAACUGAAACCCAAACCCUAGCGCCGUCUGCACUCUCUUCUCGUUCAUCUUUCCUCUCCCGGUCUCUCUCCGCCGAUCUCUGCUCGCACACCAGCACACACUCCUCACGCCCCGGCAAAGAUGCCGUUCAAGAGGUACAUAGAGAUCGGCAGGGUUGCGCUGAUCAACUACGGCAAGGAUUACGGCAGACUCGUCGUCAUCGUCGAUGUGGUCGACCAGAACAGAGCUCUUGUCGAUGCACCUGACAUGGUCAGGUCGCAGAUGAACUUUAAGAGGCUCUCGCUCACUGAUAUCAAGAUCGAUAUCAAGAGGGUUCCGAGGAAGAGCACUCUCAUUAAGGCUAUGCAGGAGGCUGAUGUCCAGGGUAAGUGGGAUAAGAGUUCUUGGGGGAGGAAACUUAUUGUUCAGAAGAAAAGGGCAUCCCUUAAUGAUUUUGACAGAUUUAAGCUCAUGUUGGCCAAAAUUAAGAGAGGUGGAUUGAUCAGGCAAGAACUGGCAAAGCUCAAGAAGGAGAGCGCAUCCUAAGCAUGAGUUUCUUGCGUCUUGCGGGCCAAGAGUUUUUGGAAGAUGUAGCAUUGCUUUAAACGGAUUGUUACCUGUUGCUUUUACUAGAGUUUAGAAGCAUCUGAUGGUCUAUUGUAUUUCAUAACUUUAUCGAGUGCACUUAAUGGAAGAUUAUGUGUUUUGGGACAUGUUUAUUCUCUAUCAACAUCAUAUGAAAUGUCACAGGUCUCUUGUUUUUCUUGUUUUCUUUUAAUGUUUGUUGCGACAGAAAUGAGCUUUGCUUCA